ACGCCGCUGUUGGCGAAACCGACGACGCCCGCCGAGGCCUUCCUGCGGAGCAUCCGGAGGCGGUCGCUGCGCGUGCGGCGAUCCAAGUCGCUGGUCAUCGACCACGCCAGCGAGAAGCGCAAGUCCGACUCGUUCGUGAACAGCCAGGAGUGGACGCUGAGCCGCGCUGUGCCCGACCUGCGGCUGGGCAUCGUGGGCAGCCUGGCGUCGGGCAAGUCGGCGCUGGUGCACCGCUACCUCACCGGCUCCUACAUGCAGGAGGAGUCGCCCGAGGGCGGCCGCUUCAAGAAGGAGGUGCUCUGCGACGGCGGCUCCUACCUGCUGCUCAUCCGCGACGAGGGCGGCCCGCCAGAGAUGCAGUUCAGCGCGUGGGUGGACGCCGUCAUCUUCGUGUUCAGCCUGGAGAACGAGGCCAGCUUCAACGCCAUCUACACCUACUACACCAAGAUGGCGCACUUCCGCAACUCGGCCGACAUCCCGCUCAUCCUGGUCGGCACCCAAGACGCCAUCAGCGAGAGCAACCCGCGCGUCAUCGACGACGCGCGCGCGCGGAAGCUGGCGGCCGACCUGAAGCGCUGCUCCUACUACGAGACGUGCGCCACCUACGGCCUCAACGUGGAGCGCGUCUUCCAGGACGCGUGCCAGAAGAUCGUGGCGCAGCGCCUGGCGGCGUCGGUGCCCGCCCCCGCGCCCGCGCCGCCCCCGGCCGUCCCCGGAGGCGGCUCCCGGCCCCCGACGCCCAGCGGCGCGCCGCACUUCGCCGUCCCGCAGGCUCCGGCGCCGACGGCGCAGAGGCCGUCUUCGCAGCACCAGCUGCAGCAGCAGCAGGCGUCGCCCACCAACAACGGCAGCAGCUGCACGCUGCUGGGGGGCAGCCAGCCCAGCCUGGUGGCCGCCUCCGCCGCCGCCGCCGCCUCCGCCUCCGCCUCCCCCAACCACGCCAGCACCCUCACCCACAAGGUAGGCCGCCUCGGCCGCGCCGCACCGCCACGCGCCUGGGCCACAGGCUGGACGGCUGGACAGUGCGCCGACUCGCUGCUUCUUCCGCAGGAGGCGGCGAGCGUGGCGGGCACGCUGCGGCAGGUGCACACCCUGUCGUCGGCCGGCAAGCACCGCGCCUCCGCCCCCGCCUCGCAGCAGCCGGCGCAGCAGGACUCGAACCGGCAGCUGGAGGCCGCGCCGCACGACAACAACAACGUGAAGGCGCUGGACAACCUGCAGCCGCCCGCGCAGGGCCGCGACAAGGACCUGCCCACGCCCUCCUCCACCCCCACCACCUCCAGGAAAAGCCGCAGGCGGUCGAACCUGUUCACUCCCUCCAAGAAGGGCGAGGACAAGCUGAAGAACGGCACGGAGCUGGGCAGUGGGCGCGCCAUCCCACUGAAGCAGGGCUACCUGUACAAGCGCUCCAGCAAGGCGCUCAACAAGGAGUGGAAGAAGAAGUACGUGACUCUCUGCGACGACGGCCGCCUCACCUACCACCCCAGCCUGCACGACUACAUGGAUGACGUGCACGGCAAGGAGAUCUCGCUGCAGUACGUGACGGUGAAGGUCCCCGGGCAGAAGCCGCGCGGCUCCAAGUCCAUCGUCUCGGCCGCUGCCGGCGCCAACAACGGCAUCAACGAGAGCCUCAGCUCGCUCACCAUCACCAGUUUCCAAGGCAAGGAGAGGCGGACUGCGGACAAAGUGCUGCUGACUGCCUUCGAGCUACGCAGUGACCCCAGCAGCCGGCUCAUCCAGUCGACCACCAAUGAAGAUGCUGUGAUUCUGUCGAAUAAUGCCAUUUCCCAGUCACUCCUAAAUGGCACCGACAUGAAAAUAGAAACACCAAAUGUAAAGAAGAGGCACCGAAGAAUGAAAAGCAGUGGGAUGAAGAACACGGAAUGUGAUGACUCUGACGGCUACGAAUUCUUCAUUGUCUCCCUGGACAACAAACAGUGGCAUUUUGAAGCCAGCAACUCAGAGGAAAGGGAUGAGUGGGUUAUGGCCAUUGAGCAGCAGAUCCUCAACUCAUUGCAAGCCAACGAGAGCCUCAAGACGAAAUUGUACGGCGCGGACGCAGCAUCGCUGGAGGCGAUCAGGACGAGGGUUCCCGGCAACUCGCACUGCGUGGACUGCGAUUACCCCAACCCAGACUGGGCCAGUGUCAACCUGGGGGUUCUGAUGUGCAUCGAGUGCUCCGGUGUGCAUCGCAACUUGGGUUCCCACAUCUCGAGAGUGCGGUCGCUGCAUCUUGACGAGUGGACGCCGGGCCAGCUGAGCGUGAUGCUGGCGAUGGGGAACGCGACGGCCAACAGCCUGUGGGAGGCGUCGCUGCACCCGGGCCGUGCCAAGCCGACGCCCAACUCGAGCCGCGAGGAGAAGGAGCGCUGGAUCCGCUCCAAGUACGAGCACAAGGAGUUCCUGGCGGCAGCGCCGGCGGGCGCGCCGCUGGCGCAACAGCUGGUGGAUGCCGUCUGCAGGAGCGACAUAAAGACGCUGGCGCUGCUGCUGGCGCACGCGACGCCGGACCAGGUGAACGCGACAGUGAGCGCGCGGGACCUACGCACGCCGCUGCACCUCGCCUGUGCCACCAGAAACCUCGCCGUCGCGCAGCUCCUCGUCUGGAACAACGCAAACGUCCGUGCCGUCGACCACGAGGGCAGGACGUGCCUCGCGUACGCCGCGGGCAGCGAAGAUAUCGAGCUGGUAGAACUGCUGGCGAGCUGCGCGUGGCAGGCCCCGGGCGGCGGCACGUAGCGGAGGGCGGCGCCCGACGUGACGGGCUGAAGCCGGCAGGCCGGAGGCGGGGGGCGGGGCUCGGGGCGGUCCCUGCGAAUCUCAGCUGGUCGGCGCCACAGCCACCUUCUCUCUCUCUCUCUCUCUCUCUCUCUCUCUCUCUCUCUCUUCCUAUGAGUUGUCAAUACUCAUGUGAGAAUUUUGUAUAUCAUUUCACUACCUCCUGUACUGGCCAGAAUUGCCUUUUUUGGUCUCUUCUGCUACGACCUGAAGCUUCACCUUUUGUAUGAUAUUUAAUCAUUUCCUACACACACCUCAGGUUCUUCCUCCUUUGCACUACGUGUCCGUUGCGAGAGCGUGUUUCUCGACUGCACUUUCUCAUUUUCUGGGAAUUAAUCUGGGCAUUUACUUGAAAAACUGAGUGUUUUAAGUAUACAGAAACACUGUGUAUUUACUGGAGAAUUAAACAUUGUCUCGAUCACUUAUUAUUAGUGAUAAACCACGUACGAAAUGACAUCUUCCCGAAAGGGAGUUUUAUAACUACAGUGGAAAUUCCUGUGUGGAAUAAUACAUGAAAUACAGGAAAGGUAACUUCUCUCCCAUAACUGAGUGAUGUGUCGUGCACAGAAAUACACGACAAGAAACUGUAUUUACGAUAGCUUUUGAGCUCUCGCUCUUUCUCUAGUAAAUGUACACUCACUCACACACACAACCACCCAGACACUCAAAUGCACACAAAGUUAAGGCCGUAGGAGUGUCUAUUCUCAGGUGACCUGUAUGAGAAUGUAGGUGAUACUAAAAGCUAACAAACGUUAGACACUGAAAUGUCAGACCCGACAGCCCCCGCCUUACCCUAAGAGUGGCACUCUUCGUCCCCUAGUGGCUCUGUCAGAUGUGUAUGCCUGUGCCAGAGGCAUACUUGUUUACUUUUAACAUUGUGACAAUACUAGUACACUCAGUCUGAAGAUGGGAACUCGUUUAUCGAAAGUGCACCAUUUAAAUGCGAUUCGUCGCUAAUUUGCGUGAUUUUGCCAGAGUUUAAUGUCCGGUGUUGGUGACGACUGUGACCUUGUCUGCAGCUGUAAUGGAAAAAAUCUGCACUGUGCAUUUAUUGUCUGUGAACGUCCACACAGAAUCCGUACCGCAAGCGCGAGCGAUUUGCUGAACCGUCUGCGUAUUGACAAUCUGUUUUAUAGUGUAAAGUUCUUAGUUCUGCACCUUUGAGACUGAUAGUGAAUUUUUUGUACCAACUGAAUUUCCAUUGUAUUUUGUAUGCCAGUUUGUCUUUUCACAGUUUACAGAUUUUUCAGUGCCACAAUUAUUCUGCCAAAAGUAUUCAUCCAGUUACCUGCAGAGAAAAAGAAAACUGUACGUGUAUUAUUAAACUCUCUUGCAUCACA